AUGGACCCGCAUGCGGCCCUCGAGGGCCUCAAGGCUGCCGGCCGCGAGUCCAUCGGCGUGCUCGACCAGGCCGAGGCGUGGUCGUACCUCGCCAGCCGCCCCGGCUACCUCGAUCUGCUGCGCGCGUCCCUCGCGACGGGAAGCAGCGCGAGCGGGGGACACAUCGCGUCCCUGCUGCCCCUCUUGUCGGGCGACAGUUUCGCCGGGCUCGUGGCGGAGGUGAACAAUUUCCGGGAGCGCACGGACGGGGCGGCUGCGGCUUCCGCCGACGACCUGCCCCUCGUGGCCCUGCUCGGCCAAGUCGUGGCGCAGCUCAGCCUGCGUCCGGACGUUUACGUCGACAGCCCGCUCCUCGAGAGCGCGCGCGCGCCCACCUGUGUGGUCUGCGGCCUGUCCAUGACCGGCGUCGCGGGGAACGGCACUCCUCUCCCUGUGCUCUGCGCUCAGCCCUACGACCACACCGCCUCCGAGCCGGCCGAGGGCGAGGAGCUCUUCGGCCUCCUGCUCCUCCGCUCGAUGGUGCCUCCGCUCGACGAGGUUGGCUGGGUGCUGUGGCGCGAGGCGGCGUGCGGCUGCACGAUCCUCGACCACUGCUACGUCAAGCUGCACGGCGCGCGGGCCUCCUUCCGCGGCCGCGAGCCGCUCUGCCCCAAGUGCGGAAAAGCGAUUGAGCCCAUCAAGCGGUCGUUCUGGCGGCACGGCUUCUCGGGCACGCCGCACGAGCUCGACCACACCGAGCCCGAGGGGGUGUGGGACGAGGACGAGGUGCAGCAAGAGCUGGACCCGCGCGAUCUCGACGUGGAGCUCGUGGUGACGGAGUUCGGGAUGGCCGUCACCGGGCUCGCGCUCAACGCGUGGGGUGCGAGGGGACACCCUUUCGCUGGGCGGCGACCCGGGGCGCUCGACGCGUCGGGAUGCUUCUCGUAG